UAGAGCCCAAGAUUCACAUGAGAGAGUCAUUCAAAUUGGCCUAAAUGAAGAACCGUUUGCGUAUGAGCUAGCAAAGGCUCCCCUAGACAAUGUUGGAGGUCAUCAACCUGUCUUCUUCCCCACUCUUGCUCUUAUUCUUGUUUACCAAAAAAUGAGCCCAAAUACGCCAAUAAAAGUUUUGGGCAUCCACACGGCCCAAACCACUUCUUUUAAAAAAGGAACCAUACGACGUCGUAAAAUAGCACCUUCUUCUCUAUUGCUGAGGCAGACACAAACAGAGGAAGUUCAGUUCCAACAAUGGUCACAGCUCUGAAAGCGUGGCACACCACGUUCACGUUCCACAAGCCUCUCUUUGCAUCCCUUCACAGCAUUUCAGCGUCAUUGUUCUCCACGCACGUCGCUAAGCGCGUGGGAACCCACAGCGGAACCUUCCACUGCGACGAAGCCCUCGCUUGCUCCCUGCUCCGCCUCUCCAAACACUUCUCCGGCGCCGACAUCGUCAGAACGAGGGACCCGAAGCUUCUCAAAUCUCUCGACGCGGUGGUCGACGUCGGAGGCGUCUACGACCCGCUUCGACACCGUUACGACCAUCACCAAAGGGGUUUCGACCAAGUUUUCGGCCAUGGCUUCACCACUAAGCUCAGUAGCGCUGGCCUUGUCUACAAGCAUUUUGGUUUGGAGAUAAUUGCAAAGGUGCUUCAGCUUGAUGAAGUUCAUCCUCAUGUUCAUCAGUUAUAUCCAGCUAUAUACAGAAACUUUAUAGAGGCAAUUGAUGCUGUGGAUAAUGGAGUGAAUCAAUAUGAUGUGAAUGAACCUCCAAAAUAUGUGAUCAAUACAUGCUUGCCAUCGAGAAUUAAACGGUUGAAUUUGGACUGGAGGGAUUCGGACCAGUCGUCUGAUAAGGAAAAUCAGGCCUUUCAUCAGGCAAUGGCUCUGGCUGGUGGUGAAUUUUUGGAGAGUUUGAAUUAUUAUGCAAAAUCAUGGUUACCGGCGCGGUCGAUUGUUAUGGAGUGUAUUGCAGCAAGAGAGACUGUUGAUUCUAGUGGAGAAAUAAUAAAGCUAAGUCAAUCUUGUCCGUGGAAACUUCACAUACAUGAGCUUGAGGAGGAAAUGAAAAUCAAUCCUUCCAUCAAAUAUGUUCUUUACCCGGAUGAUAGGAGUGAGAAUUGGCGACUGCAGGCAGUGGCAAUUUCACCUGUCAGAUUUGAGAGCAGAAAACCAUUACCAUAUCUUUGGAGGGGUUUGGAAAAUGACAAGCUCUCUGAGAUUGAUGGAAUCCCAGAAAACAAGAAAUGCAUGCAUUCAAGAAAUUCAUGAGGAGGUAAAUUUUUCGUACACUGGAUGAACUCGGGGUUCUCUUCCGUGCCAGCAAAAAUACCAAAAAAUGCAAAUGCAGCACGUCUGGCAAUGUCCCAUGCUGUCCACUCUUUUAUAAGCCUAUAUAUUUGCACAUUGAUAGCAUCUGGAGGAUGAGCCUGCACUAAUAGCCAAGCUCAUCAGUUUUUUCCUUUGUGCCCCUUCUAUAACAUGUUAGAUAUGUAAUAAAAACUAUUGAUGUGGCUUCACCCAACAUUAACUGGUUAAGCUUUUGAAAUAUGAUUGAUUCAUGGCAUGAUAUUAGUCGUUAUGACCAAGAGGUCUAAAGUUUGAUCACCCUUGCUCCCAUUUUCCUUAGUACAAGUUGAAUUUCAAUACAAGCUAGGUAGAUCUAGGCAAUGUCCUCGCUUCAGUCUCAACAAGUACAUGUGACUGUGUGAGGGGCCAUCUUAGAAAUAUAAUUAAAAACCAUUCAUGUGUCUUCGACUAGCUCAGGUUUUUGAAAUUGUUGUUUUAUGACAUAAUUGAUGGAAAUAAGAAGGGCCACAUAUACACAAAAAUUGCAGCAUGAAUGUGUAAGCACAUAGGAGUUGAAAUCCAACUCACUAACCUCUUUGAACUCUGCUUCAGGCCUUACAUCAAGAAUAACAAAAUUAUUUUCUUUCUGAAGGCGGAAAGCUUCCUUGGCAUCCACACUUCUUACCUGCAAUGUCAUAUCAAUACCUUCAUAAAUUCUCUGCAUGUGAUCUAAAGUCUAAACAUGCCAUUACAUUUCUUAGAUUUUACACUUCGUUUGAUCCUUGCUGUUUUUGUACUCUAGAUUUAUAUCAUGAUCCUAACUGGAAUUUUGAAUUCCACAUGCUUUAGAAGACAUUUCAAGUUUUUGUUAUCUUUGCAUUGUGUCUUGAAAUUUCUGUGCUCACUUGAAAAUGCUCAAGAUACAAGUUGCAUAUUUGUGCAUUCAGGACAUGGGCCAAACAGAGGUGAACCCUACCCUUUUUUGCAGCAGUAAUUCUCGCUUAAUCUUCCAGUCUUCUUCAGCUAAUACCUCCAAGAAAGGUGAAAAAGGAGCUCAUUAAGGUUCUAUGAUGAAGUCUUCAAGGUGCUAUGACAAUUUAAUUUCAAUAGAGUAACCUGAAACUUGUACCUGGCGUCUUAGCUGUUUUUGUUGCUGCACUCUGGAUUGUUAACCCCCUUGCAAUUUUCUGUGAGUGUAACCUUUGACCUGUAGUUGUUUUGCAUGAUCGUUCUCUCACACCCCAUGAGUUAGGCUCUCGUGUACCUUCUAAAGAAGGUA